AUACCAUCACUCUACAAUCAUCAGACUAUUACCAACCUAACUUAAACCACAACCCACCACACACACACACACAUAUCACUUCUUCAACAAAACACAAGCCUGGCAUGACAACUCUACCUCUUAACGUCAAGGUUGCUAUCCGCGACCACUGGACCAAGGAAGAUAGCUACCUCCAGCAAUCCCUCCGGACCCUGCAGGACGUCCUCGGCCUUGAGAUCGACACUGCUCCCGACUGGCACCUCCUUCUCACCGAGCUUGAGCCCACCUACACCGACAAGGCCGACGCCGUCGCCGCUGUCGCCGCCACCGUUGAGGCCUGGUGCCGCGCCGCCACCGAGAUCCUUGAUGACAGCAAGAACGAGGACUGGACCGAGACCCUGCUUGAGAAGCUCAAGAUCACCUGGUCGAGGUUGAGGAUCUUUGUCGACAUCUCGAGAGAAGAUGACGCCUCAACCGCAUGGUCCGAGGACCGUGGCGGCUUCGUCAUCUACAUCCCCCGGCGCCAGCGCAUCAUGCCCGUGAACCUCCAGCCGCUCUUCCAGGCCGAGCUCAAGGACUGCUUCGCCGACCAGAAGCAGCUGCCCCCCUACUCGGCCUCCCCCCACGCCGAGGACUGGGCUGAGGUCGACAUGGACGCCCGCAUCGGCCGCCUCUCCGUCAGCGCGCCCGCGGCCCACCGCCGCGGCCCCUCCGUGAGCUCCACCGCUACCCAACCUCCGGCCGACUUCAUGCCCCGCGCCGACGCCCUUCCCCGCCCGGACGACCUCCUCCUGAAACCCCCCUACCACCUCAUGAUCUACAGCCGCGGCGCCCACGAGAUCGAGAUCCAGUGCAGCCACACCGCGACCCUCAAAUUUCUCGCCGACUACUUCAAGCGCUGGAGGAGGACGAACCACCAGGUAGCGAGCAAGCCCCCCGCCGUCGAGGUUAGGGUGCAUCAGUGCACUUUUGGCAUGGGCGCGAGCAUCGACCGCCUCGUUCUUGCCACCGAGCACAAGUACGGCGGCGCUUUCAUCCUCACGCCCACCAUCAUCCUCAACCUUGUCGAGGGUGUGCUGGGCUACAAGCCUGUCUACUCGGACGCCACCACCUGGACGUACCGCCGCGAUAUCGAGCUGAGGACUUAAGGACACACACACACACACACACACACCGAGAGAUAGGUAACCCGGGGUCGCUUGUACUUGUACGAAUUUUUUGGAAGGGGAUAACGAGACGAGUGAUGACAACCGGGCAUGGCAUGGCAUAUUUGAUGACUUAAUGAUUAUUUAAUCAGGAACCAAUUCCAUUUAAACAUUUUUCAUUAACAUUGACAAAUCUCUAUCAA